AUGAAGGCGCUGUCGCUGAGUGGUGGUGUGACAUGCGCUGUGCUGCGUGAGCGCAUGACACGUGCGCCUGUUGUGCAGUUUGACACUCUGCGGCGGUGUGUGGAUCUGUGUCAGUGGUUGGCCGUCGACAUCAACUUCAAUCUCAUCAAGGCAUCGUUUGAGAGCACCAGUCGUUUUGCGCGGUUGUUGGAUGUGGAUGUGACGGUGGCUGGGCGGCAGGCGUAUCUGCGGUUUGGUAUAGAGACAGGCGAUGCCAUGGGCAUGAACAUGGUGAGCAAAGGCACUGAGAGAGCCCUCGCUACACUGAGUGAACAAUUUACCGACAUGCACGUGGUCAGUCUCAGCGGCAAUCUGUGUAGUGACAAGAAAGCCACAGCCGUCAAUUGGGUCAAAGGACGCGGUCGCAGUGUGGUGUGUGAGGCUGUGCUGGACAGCAGUGUGGUGCAGACGGUCCUAAAGACAACGGUCGAGGCGCUGGUGCACCUAAACGUGUCCAAGAAUCUAGUGGGUGCGUUAUCUUUUUAUGUUCUGAGUGGCAUUGAUCUCCAGCAGUGA